UGGUCGUUACAAGAUCUCUCUUUGUUUCCUUCUUCAUCGAUUCUUUUUUUCGUUAACUUGAUUAUCAGAUAAAAUCAGAAGAAGAAGAAGAAGAAGGAAGAAACAGUUAUUUAACGGCGUCUUAAUGGAAGCGACCGGCGUCGGACUACGGCGAGCUUUAGUGUUGGCGUUUUGCGUGGCCGGGAUUUGGUCUGCCUAUAUUUACCAAGGCGUUCUUCAGGAAACUCUAUCCACCAAGCGAUUUGGCCCUGAUGGGGAGAGGUUUGAGCAUCUUGCGUUCCUUAACUUGGCACAAAAUGUGGUCUGCUUAGUUUGGUCAUACAUAAUGAUCAAGCUUUGGUCCAGUGGCAGCAGUGGUGGUGCACCAUGGUGGACUUAUUGGAGCGCUGGAAUCACAAACACAAUUGGUCCAGCCAUGGGAAUUGAAGCACUGAAAUACAUUAGUUACCCUGCUCAGGUGCUGGCAAAAUCCUCAAAAAUGAUUCCAGUCAUGCUGAUGGGUACUCUAGUCUAUGGUAUUCGAUACUCUUUCCCUGAGUAUAUCUGCACAUUCCUUGUGGCUGGAGGGGUAUCUAUGUUUGCACUUAUCAAGACUAGCAAAAAAACAAUUAGCAAGUUGGCACAUCCUAAUGCACCCCUUGGAUAUGGGCUCUGUUUUUUGAACCUUGCAUUUGAUGGCUUUACUAACGCCACUCAGGAUUCAAUAAAUACUAGGUAUCCAAAGACAAGUGCUUGGGAUAUAAUGUUGGGAAUGAACUUAUGGGGUACCAUAUACAACAUGAUCUACAUGUUUGGUUGGCCAGAAGCUAGUGGUUUCAAGGCAGUCCAGUUCUGCAAGCAGCAUCCGGAAGCUGCUCAGGAUAUAUUGUUCUAUUGCCUCUGCGGUGCGGUUGGCCAGAAUUUCAUUUUCUUGACCAUAAGUCGAUUCGGCUCCUUGGCGAACACAACUAUCACCACAACGCGCAAAUUCGUCAGCAUCGUGGUGUCUUCUCUGCUGAGUGGCAAUCCACUGUCCUCGAAGCAAUGGAGUUGCGUACUCAUGGUUUUCGCCGGGUUGUCUUACCAAAUCUUCCUCAAGUGGAAGAAGCUGCAGAAGAAGAGAAGGGCCUGAACCAUGCCUUCAAACAGGUUUUGAGCUUUACGUUUAACCCUUUUCGUGUGCGUGUGUGUGUGUUUCAUUUUCUAAUUUGUCUACCUCCCCCUGGUAUACUAUCAUUGCAACCCUAAGGUUCAAUGAUCCCAAAAUUUAAACCAAAACUUGAGAUUUGGUAAUGUAGUUCAUAGAUCUCAUUCGAGAAAAUAGACUAUUUGUUUCCACAAAGUAGGAAGUUGGUAAUCCUAUGUUUAGUAGGA